AUGCUGAAAAUACUGUCACUACGCGAUUUUGUUGCUCCUUCCUUUGAUGAACAAGCUACUGUUGCAUUUAUAGAAAACAAUUUACAUUAUUGUGAUUAUCAAAAUCUGCAAGAUGAAUUACAACCGUUCUCCAGAUAUUUGCGAAAAUAUCCAGAAGUUUCAAUUGCUUCAGAUACACUUGCUACCCGUGAAACUUCACGCACCGUUUGUGCUGGCGAUUUGUUUUUGCCAGUUCACGAUAGUAUAUUUAAAAAACUUGCUAGCAUAUGGAGGGAGAAAGGGUUAGCUGAAGUUAUCUCUCUCAUUGCAUCUGCACAACCAGAGGAAGUUACAACAGCCCUACAUUGGAUAGCCACAAGACUCAAAUGGGCACUGGAUUUAAUGGAUAAAGAAAUAUAUCAGAGAGAAAUUUUACCUACUUCGGGAUCUGGUUCGGUUGUAGAAGUUGUUCACACAAGGGAUUGGGAAACAUCUCUUAUUAGAUGUCUUGCUUGGCAUCCACAUUGUGCACGUUUGGCAGUAGUUACAAGAGAUGAUCGCAUACGUAUCUUUUCUGAAGGAAUACGAGUAGUCCCAAUAUUAAGACAUAGUGCUCAAAAGUCAGUUUGCUGCAUAAGCUGGAGACCACUUGCUGGUAAGGAGCUGGCAGUGGCAUGUCAUGCAGGUGUUUUAGUAUGGACAAUUGAAGUGGGAGCUAGUAGUUCUCUUAGUCAUGCAGUGUUAUUAAAACAAAGGCAUCAUGUUCCUGUAACAAAUGUUACAUGGCAUCCACAGGGUGAUUUGCUAGUAUCAUGUUCACCAGCAGAUACAAGUAUGAUUAUCUGGGAUACUUCUAGAAAGGAAGGUGUUCCAUUGAGAAGGGUUGAAGGUGGUGGCUUACGCUUUACACGGUGGUCAUCCUGUGGUUCUAGAUUAUUUUCAGCUACAUGCAGAAAUAUAUUCAGAGUUUGGAAUUCUGGAGUGGCAACGUCUUGGCAAGCAGAUAAAUGGACAGUGCCUAAUGGUUGUGUAGCAGUUGCAUGUUUUGGCCCAAAUUUGACACUGUUGUUUGCAUCAAACGAAGAUCCUGGUAUAAUCUUUUCUUUGCCUCUGCAAGAAAAUAUUUUUGAUGUCAAGAAACCUUCUCUAGAUGAUGCAAAAAUGGCUGUACCUGUGAUAGAUUUAACAGAAGUGAAUUUUGCCUCGAACGACCACUAUGUGACUGUCGGCGGAAGAAUAGUUGCAAUGGAAUGGGAUCCUUCAGGAAGAUAUCUUGCUAUCCUCUUCCAGGAAAGUCCAUGGAUCGCAUUAAUUAAUACCAAAAUAGGAAAUCUCUCACGAAUAGUUGAUGUUAAACCGAGUUGUCUUAUCAAAGGAUUCUGGGGAGAACUUCCGACUUGUAUGAAUUUUUAUCAAGAGUGCCAAAAUGACUCCAACGUAGUUUGUUUAACAAUUGCUUGGAGCAGUGGUCGUAUACAACAUUUUCCAAUAGUCGAGAAAGAAAACGUACCUAUCACGGACACGAGCAUAUAUUCUAGCAUUCAUCUUCCUUGAGGGACGACAUGUACAAUUUCAAUUAAA